CUUAAUUCUUCACCGAGAAAAACUAACCCAGAAAUCUGAACUCGGAGUCAUGGAUUCCAAGUUGCAAACUUUGCCUCCUCUCAAAAGACUGAGACUGAUGCAGCGGGAACAGGAACGCGAGCAGCGACGGAUCGAUUCGGAGGUGAAACCGUCGCAGCUUCCGGCGAAGAAGAGAAAGGAGACUCGGGUGGAUUACGACGCCGGCGAGAAUUCAGGACCCACCUAUUUUUGCUUGCCGGCGAAGAAAAGGGUAUGGGCGAUUGAUACCGAUUUGCUCUCUGGUAAACCCCUUUCGCCUUUUGAUCUGAAUAUUGAAUACAAACCAUCCUUUGAGGAAAACCCAUUUGAGAAAAAACGGACUUUGAUGGCUGAUUCGAGUCUAGAAGUAGGAAAAGAAAAUAUUGACCCUUUAGGGAAAGACUGCGUCUUUGUUCUGUCGGAUGAAAAACUUAGCGGUGGAGAAUUGAGCAAAGAGGAAGACGAUGAUGGUGAUAAUGGUCAUUAUGAGGAUGAUGAAGACGAUGGGAUUGUGUGUGCCGUAUGUCGGAGCACAGAUGGUGACCCGUCAGAUCCAAUCGUUUUCUGUGAUGGGUGUGAUCUAAUGGUUCACGCUUCUUGCUAUGGUAACCCUCUCGUUAAGGGAAUACCAGAAGGUGACUGGUUUUGCGGGCAGUGUUUGGAAUCUCGGUCAUCGGGAAAUGGGGAAAAGACCUUCUCUUGCUGCUUAUGUACGACCAAAGGUGGUGCCUUGAAGCCCACAAAGGAUGGCCGAUGGGCUCAUAUCGUGUGCUCGUUGUUCGUGCCAGAGGUUUACUUUGAGGAUCCAGAAGGAAGGGAAGGGAUCUGUUGCAGUGAGAUACCGAAAGGGCGAUGGAAAGAGAUGUGCCAUGUGUGUAAGGUCAAGCGUGGGUGCGUCAUCGAGUGUUCGGAGAUGAAAUGUCAGUUGGCAUUUCAUGUUACUUGUGGGUUGAAGGAAGAUUUCUGCAUCGAGUAUCGUGAGGGCAAGAAGGCAGGCGGCAUUGUGGCUGGAUUCUGCAAAGAACACACCAAGCUAUGGGAACGGCAACAAGGAACGGGAAAAUUCAAGAUUGUAGCCAGAGAUGGACAUAGAAAAUAGAAAGUAGCAGAAUCCAGUGAUUGGCAGCAUUCUUGUGCCUCAAACUCUGUAGUUUCAUAUGAUCUCUGAAUUGUUUUUCUUCGGACAAAUAAUCCUAGAUGUUCUUGUCUCAUCAAUGCUGGUAUGUUCUAUGUUCCAAUGGGUUAAUAAGACAGAAUUCGAGAA